AUGUCGACAAUUACAAGAAUUCGAACGGUCGAUUCGUCUUUAAUAAAGUUUGGCAAGCCAGAGGACCCAAACGAGCAUCCCUUUGAUACAGCAAAGCUCCUUAUUGAACCUUCAAAUACUUUGAGCGCUUUACAAGAAGCUGCUGAACUUUUGAAAAAUACAAAUGAUCCUGUAGCUUUCCCUACCGAAACGGUUUACGGCUUGGGUGCUGAUGCAAGAAGGACUGAUGCUGUUUACUCAAUCUACAAGGCUAAAAACCGUCCAGCAGAUAACCCCUUAAUCGUGCACAUUGCUUCUCUAGAUCAACUUCGUAGGCUUAUUUCGAAGGGCCAACCUCUAAAAUCAAAAGACAGUGACUUGCCGGAUAGCUCUUUAAUCCCGCAGAUUUAUAAGCCAUUAAUUGAUCGAUUCUGGCCAGGGCCUCUUUCUAUUAUUCUCCCUGUAAAAAACAAUGAGCAUCCACCAGUGUCGCCGAUAGUCACAGCAAAUCAACCUACUUUUGCUGUUAGAAUGCCUCAACAUCCCGUUGCUCUUGCAUUGAUGGCUCUCUCUGAUGUUCCUUUAGCCGCUCCGUCGGCAAACGCUUCUACUCGACCUUCACCCACCCAGGCUAAACACGUAUAUAAUGAUCUGCAAGGGAAAAUACCUUUAAUAUUAGAUGGCGGUUCUUGUGGUGUCGGACUUGAAAGCACUGUAGUUAAUGGUCUUUGUUAUCCGCCUGUUAUUCUACGUCCAGGUGGUGUUAGUCUCGAACAAAUUCGGGACUGUGGAGGGGUUUGGGUGAAUACUCAAGUGUAUAAACCUACAGCAGUAAAUACGGAAAAAAACUUUAUUCCUCAAACUCCAGGUAUGAAAUAUCGACACUAUUCCCCUACUGCAAAAGUUAUGCUGUUUUUAGACUACAAAGAACGCGAAGCAAUGGAUUGUUUAUAUGAUCAGUUAAGACAGAAAAAUAUGGAUAAAGAUGAAGCCAGGAUUGGAGUUUUAUGUAGCAGAAAAUGGAAAAAGGAGGUUUUUGGGGAAUUCAGCAACUUGACUUUUCUUGAUUUAGGAGAAGAAGGUUCCGAAAUAACAAAAAACUUGUUUGCUCAUUUACGUGAAUUGGAUUUAAAAGGUGUGGAUUUUGUUUUAGUGGAAGGUGUUGCUGAAGACAAUGAAGGAUUGGCUAUAAUGAAUCGUCUUUCGAAAGCUGCGUCUAUGGUUUUUACUAAAGAUUCUCCAAGUUAG